AUGGCAAGACUCAUUGACGACGCCGACUACAAUGCCGGCGACCCGUCUUGGAGUGUACCACGUCCACGGUCCUACUCUGGAAAUGAUGAAGCAUACAAUGGACUCCGGAUUAGGUGCGUUCCUCUAAGUCUUCCUACCAAUAUGACCAAGUUGCGAAAACAAGGUCAAUCAACUUCUGUCUAA